AAAACUCUUACCGAGUCUCAUCUCGGGAGGAAGGGCACCCUACCCACAAGAUCGGCUCGUUCAUCACCCUGGUCAAAAUCAAGGCAGAAAUUUUCGUUCCAAACAGGUCGAAAGUAUCCAAAGGGCCAGAGCUCUUUCGAAUUCCAGAGACAUCGAAAAGCGUUCGCCGAGCUCAGCUGAGAUCACUUCUCGUAAACGCACACAAUCUUGUACUUCUAGUACUUCUAUCUUCUUCUUCUACUUCUUCUCUCUCUCUCUCUCUCUCACUACUCUUCCCUUCUCUCAGCUUUCCCAACUCCAAUGGCUAGGGCUUCAAACAAGCACGGUCGCGAUCAAGCUGUGGAUUUCCAGGGAUUUUUGAACGACUUGCAGGAUUGGGAGAUGUCAGUUGAUGGCAAAGACAAGAAAGUGAGAUCAAAAGAUCGUGACACGGCAAAGUUGGUGUCAUCUUCUCAGAAGGUUGGAGUAGUUGGUGAGGAUAGAAGACCGAUGGCAAAACCAUCCACAUCUGAUAAUUCUAGUACCUCAAGACAAUAUGACUACUUGAGGAAUUACGAUUCAAUCAGGAAUUUAUCAAGUGGUUUCAUGACAGAAACGAGUUCUCCUGAUGCUGCUUCAGAGAAAGAGUUGGGUAAUGAGUACUUUAAACAGAAGAAAUUUAACGAAGCAAUUGACUGCUAUUCUAGGAGCAUUGCAUUAUCACCAACCGCUGUAGCUUAUGCAAAUAGAGCAAUGGCUUAUCUUAAAAUAAGAAGAUUCCAAGAGGCUGAGGAUGAUUGCACAGAGGCCUUAAGUUUAGACGAUCGUUACAUUAAAGCAUACUCACGUCGAUCAACAGCUAGAAGAGAACUUGGAAAACGUAAAGAAUCCAGUGACGAUGCUGAGUUUGCCCUGAGGCUGGAGCCAAACAACGAAGAGGUCAAAAGGCAGUGUGCAGAAGCUAAAUCAUUGUAUAGUAAGGAGCUGCUAAAGAAGGCUUCUGGAGCAUUGAGAAGCUCUGUGCAAGGAGUGGAAAAAGCUGGAAAGUCAAAGGUGGAGGUGAACGGACAUGUUAGAGGUGUCCAAUCUGUAUCUAGUAGUUCUCAGAAAAUGGGAGCUGCUGCGAUUCAAGAAGAUAUUAACAGAGUGAUUGAGGACACUGGUGGACAAGUUCGUGCAAAUACACCCAUGCCUGUUGUAGAAAUAGAAAGCAGAAGUACAAGAAGUAAGGGACAAGAAACCGAUACCUCUCGUGAAGAUGUUGUCCAGAGUUCUCCUUUGAGAAAUCAAAGAAACCAAGAGCUCAAAGCAUCAGUGCAGGAGCUUGCUGCUCGUGCAGCUUCUCUAGCAAAGGUUGAAGCUGCAAAAAACAUCACACCACCAAAUUCAGCUUAUCAGUUUGAGGCUUCUUGGCGAGGACUUGCUGGUGAUCAUAAUUUACAAGCUCGUUUAUUGAAGGUGACAUCACCAGUUGCGCUACCACAGAUAUUUAAAAAUGCUUUGUCUGCUCCAUUGCUAAUCAACAUUAUUAGGUGUAUUGCCACUUUUUUCACUGAAGAAAUGGAUCUGGCUGUCAAUUAUUUAGAAAAUUUGGCCAAGGUCUUAAGAUUUGACAUGAUCAUCAUGUGCCUUUCUUCAGCAGAGAGGGCUGAUCUCCACAGGAUAUGGGAUGACAUAUUUUGCAGCAAUGCAACUCCCAUUGAGUAUGCAGAGAGGCUUGAUAAACUCCGUUCUAGAUACUGCCCCAAACAAUGAAGGAUACACAAAGGCUUUUUAGGAGAUGUCAGAAAUGAUCUAAAUUUCGUUUAUAUGAUCUAUAUUGACUGUACAUCUGUUUUUUUUUUUUUUUUUUGUAUGACCGACACUUCCUAGUAGUUUCUCUUAAGUGGAACUGCUUUUGACAUUUCAAAUAUCCCUCUGGCAAUGUUAUCCAUGGUUCUUGCCUUGCCUUAUCA